CCAAGUGGCACCGCCAGCCAUUGCGGUGUUUUUUAUCUCAAAUCAAAUCUGCUCACAUGGGGUCUCCUUGUGUCAUAUUUUCUUCAAUUCCAAAAUAAAUCAAAAUUUCCAUCUAUAUAAACCCUAACCUAGCUAGCUUUAUUCACCACACCAAAAAACAUAUACCUUCCUCUGGCAGUGACAUACUCUAAAGAGUACUGUGAGAGUUUCAAAAAUGGCUUCCAAGUCUGUUGCAACCACAGCUCUUCUCCUCUCUCUUAACCUUCUCUUUUUCAGUCUGGUCACUUCAACUUCGGUCCCUUGCCCACCAGAGCCCAAGACUCCUAAACACCCACCAAAGACAAACCCUCCAUCCACGAGGCCACCAGCUGCAGCCUCUUGCCCAAGGGAUACCCUCAAGUUAGGUGUAUGUGCCAACGUACUGAAUGACUUGAUUCACCUCGUCGUUGGUACCCCACCAAAGACCCCUUGCUGCCCUCUCAUCCAGGGUCUCGCUGAUCUUGAAGCCGCUGUUUGCCUUUGCACUGCCAUCAAUGCCAACAUUUUGGGAAUCAACCUCAAUGUCCCAGUCUCCUUGAGCUUGCUCUUGAACUACUGCGGUAAAAAUGUCCCUAAAGGCUUCCAAUGCGCCUGAUUGUGCUUUUGAUCUUCAUUUCAUGAUUCUUUCUCUGUUGUUUAAAGCUUUCAUUUCGUUUGUUUGUGUCAUUCAUCAGUUUGAUAUUGUGGUGAUCAACUCGAUCCGUACGCUCUUUUUCUAGAAGAAAUAAACUUUUAUUUAUUGGAUUUAA